CUUCCAUCAUCAUAUAAUCAUCUGUAGCCAGCACAUCAAUUCACAAAAUGGCUACCGAUAUGAAGGUCGAUUCAGAUCACAUCGAUGAAGGCCUUUACAGUCGUCAAUUAUACGUCUUAGGUCAUGAUGCUAUGAAACGUAUGGCUGUCAGUAAUGUUCUCGUGGUGGGAAUGAGAGGUUUGGGUGUGGAAAUUGCAAAGAAUAUUUGUUUAGCAGGUGUUAAAUCUGUCACAAUUUACGAUCCUGCUUCUGUCACAGUGGCAGAUCUUAGCACUCAAUUCUUCCUUCGACCUGAAGAUGUUGGCAGUUCAAAAACCCGUGCUCAAGUAACAGCUCCUCGAUUGGCCGAAUUGAACAGCUACGUUCCAGUUCGUGUAUUGGAAGAAGAAUUGACCAAAGAUGUUCUUGGACGAUUCCAAGUCGUCGUUUUGACAGAUGUCCCAUUGUCAAAACAAUUGCAAAUCAACGAUAUCACACAUGGAUCUUCUACACAUUUUAUCUCGGCAGACGUACGCGGUUUGUUCGGUAACGUCUUCACAGAUUUUGGUCCAAAAUUCUUGUGCAAUGAUCCAACGGGAGAACAGCCACUUUCUGGUAUGGUAGUGUCUAUCGAAAACGAUAAAGAAGGUAUGGUGACCACCUUGGAUGAAACAAGACAUGGAUUGGAAGAUGGGGAUUACGUCACAUUCUCAGAAGUCCAAGGUAUGGAACAAUUGAAUGGAUGCGAACCUCGUAAAGUGACUGUAAAGGGACCUUAUACAUUCACCAUCGGUGACACCUCCAGUCUCAGUGCAUACAAAAAAGGUGGUAUCUUUACACAAGUCAAGAUGCCAAAGAAUAUUGCCUUCAAAUCACUUCGCGAAAGUCUUAAGGAACCUGAGUUCCUCAUCUCGGACUUCGCCAAAUUUGAUCGUCCAGCCACUUUGCACGCCGCAUGGCAAGCCUUGUCAGAGUUUUGGCAAGCAAAGGGACAUCUGCCUCGACCGAGAAAUGGACAAGAUGCAGAAGAGAUAGUAAAUGCAACCAAGAAGAUCCUUCAAUCAACUGGAAGCGACUCAGAAAUUGAUGAGAAGCUCGUGAAAGAGUUGGCAUUCCAAGCAACGGGUGAUUUGUCCCCAAUGGUCGCAUUUAUUGGUGGUUUUACAGCCCAAGAAGCAUUGAAAGCAUGCAGUGGUAAAUUCCACCCUCUUGUACAACACUUGUAUGUUGAUUCACUGGAAUCACUUCCCACUAAAAUCGCCGAAUUACCCGAAUCAGAUUUCGCACCAGUUGGAAGCCGUUAUGAUGGACAAAUUGCCGUUUUCGGUAAGCAAUUCCAAGAAAAGGUUGCCAAUGCACGUCAAUUCCUUGUUGGUUCAGGUGCGAUUGGAUGUGAAAUGCUAAAGAAUUGGAGUAUGAUGGGUUUGGCAAGUGGACCAGAGGGUGCGAUUCAUGUUACAGAUAUGGAUCAAAUUGAAAAGUCAAAUUUGAAUAGACAAUUCUUGUUCAGACCUAAAGAUGUUGGUGCUUUCAAAGCAGACACUGCUUCCGCUGCAGUUGCUGAAAUGAAUCCUGAUCUCAAGAACAAGAUUAAGAGUUACCAGAAUCGAGUCGGACCUGAGACAGAGGAUAUCUAUGGAGACGAAUUCUUUGCUGCAUUGACAGGUGUGACAAAUGCUUUGGAUAACGUUGUUGCACGUCAAUACAUGGAUCGUCGUUGUGUCUACUACCAAAAGCCAUUGCUUGAAUCUGGUACUUUGGGAACCAAGGCGAACACACAGGUCGUUGUACCGUUUUUGACAGAAUCCUAUUCGUCGUCGCAAGAUCCACCAGAGAAAUCGAUCCCGGUGUGCACUUUGAAGAAUUUCCCAAACCAAAUCGAGCACACAAUCCAAUGGGCACGCGAACAAUUCGACGACUUCUUCGUCAAGCCUGCCGAAAAUGUGAACCAAUACCUCACACAACCCGAUUACAUCGAGUCAACACUUCAAAGCGGCAGUGGAGUACGGGAGCAAAUUGCGCAGAUCAAAGAAUUCUUAGUGGAUCAACGACCGAUUAGCUUUGAUGCUUGUAUUGCUUGGGCAAGACUAAAAUUCGAAGAGAAUUAUAACAACACCAUUCGUCAAUUGCUCUACUCGUUGCCAGAAGAUGCAGUCACUUCUAGCGGACAGCCUUUCUGGUCUGGCCCUAAACGUGCACCAAAGGCGAUCACCUUCAAUCCAGAUGAUCCGAUUCACAUGGAAUACGUGAUCUCUGCUGCCAAUUUGCGUGCAUUCACAUAUGGUUUGAAGGGACACGCCGAUCAAGAAGCAUUCCGCAAAGUUUUGAGCAACGUCAUUGUUCCUGACUUUGCACCAAAGAGCAAUGUCAAGAUUCAAGUCAAUGAGAAUGAGGCAGCUCAACCUUCGAACAAUGAAGCCGAAAGCGAUCCAACCGAAUUGGUCUCUAGCCUACCUUCUGCUUCAAGUUUGGCUGGAUUCCGUUUGGUACCAGCCGAUUUCGAAAAAGAUGAUGAUUCAAACUUCCACAUCGAUUACAUCACAGCUGCAUCCAAUUUGCGUGCAAUCAAUUACAGCAUUCAACCUGCCGAUCGUCACAAGACAAAGGGUAUUGCGGGUAAGAUUAUUCCUGCUAUUGCAACGACGACUGCAAUGGCAACUGGUUUGGUCUGUUUGGAAUUGUACAAACUUUUGGACAACAAAGAUGAUAUUGAGCAAUACAAGAAUUCAUUUGUGAAUAUUGCGCUACCAUUUAUGGCGUUCUCGGAACCAAUUGCAGCACAAAAGUUCAAAUAUCCAAGUCCAAAGGGUGAAGUUACAUGGACUUUAUGGGAUAGAUUUGAUAUCGAAGGUAAUCCAACACUUCAAGAAUUAUUAACGAUUUUCGAAAAAGAACAUGGAUUAGAAAUUACGAUGUUAUCAUCUGGUGUUUCGAUGCUUUUUUCUGGGUUUGGAUUAGCUGCCAAAAAACGAGAAGAAAGAUUAAAGAUGUCAAUUAGCCAAUUGGUAGAAACGGUAAGUAAGAAACCCGUUCCGGCUUAUGCAAAACAUGUCGUUUUAGAAGCUCUUUUCGAUUCGGUAGAAACGGAAGAAGAUGUUGAAGCUCCGUAUAUUCGUGUUGCCGUCAAGUGAUCCGUCAAUAUUCUUGUAACUAAAGAUGUACAUAAUUAGUAAAUUGAAUUAAUUUAUUCUUUUGGACAGUAU